UAAUAAUAUUGUUUAUGCGGAAGUGUUGAACAAUAUUUACUUUGUUCAGUUGCAGAUAUUUCAGUGAACGAGCCAAAAUGGGCUGUGCUUCACAGUGUGCCAAGUAUUUUCUAUGUUUCUUCAAUUUCGUUUUCUUCGUAGCAGGAGGUGCUGCAUUAGCAGUUGGAGUUUGGCUCUUCGCCGAUAGGAAUUCUUUUGCCGAUCUCAUCGGCAAACUCGACCAAUCAGAUAUUCUGAAUAAAACGGAUGCAGAUGUCAUCAGGAUAAUAUCAUAUAUCUUGAUUUUGGCAGGAGCAUUGACAUUUUUGGUCAGUUUUCUUGGAUAUUGUGGAGCAAUGUUUGAAUCUCGGUGUCUUCUUUGUAUUUAUGGUGUUCUUAUUCUUGUGGUUUUGAUCCUGGAAUGUAUAGUAGUAGGUUUGGCUUUUGGCCUUAAAGGAGAUGCAGAACAAAGUACACGAAAUUUUCUCAAAUCUACAAUCAAAUAUUAUGCCAAUAACAUUGAUAAAACAGAAACAAUUACAGUAACAUGGGAUGGUAUAAUGACACAGUUACAUUGUUGUGGAGUGGAAAAUUAUUUGGAUUUUCGAGAGAACACAAAUUGGACAUCAGAUAAAAUUGUACCUGAAGCAUGUUGUAUAAAAGAGAACACUGUUUUAAAGGAUCCAUCUUGUCCUAUUAGUCCUACUUCUAAUAAUUCUUAUUAUAAGGAGGGUUGUUAUAAUGCAAUAAUGAGGACAAUUGAAGAAAAUGCAGCUAUAGUAAUCGGCGUUGCGGCUGGAUUGGCAUUUGCCGAAAUCCUGGUUAUUAUUUUAGCUUUGCAUUUGGCAUGCUGCUAUUGGCGACCGCAACAUGUUUUAACUUCUUGGUGCUGCUGUUGACUUCAUACACUAACAGUGAGCUCUUCAUAUCUUCUUGGCUCCUUUCUUCACAGAAGCAAAUCAUUGGUUUAAACUUACUUGAAACUAACCCAGGAUACAUUCAUCAUUUAUUUAAUUAUGUUUUAUUACUAUUAAAAAAUUCAUAACAUUGAAUAUGUUAAAUAAUUAAAUAAUAAUAAUUAAAUAAUUCUUAUAUUUUAUAAUGGUUUAAAUUUAUGAAUUAUUCUGAUUGGAUUAAUACUUAAAGUAUAAAAUUUUUAGACAUAAUUAUUUCAUUUUUUCAAAAAAAACUAUUCAAUAAUUAUUAAUUUAAUGAAAAAAUUAAUCUGUCUUAUAAAAAACUGUUUAAUUUUAAAAACAAACUAGUACAAAACCAAAUAAAAAAUUUAAGAAUAACAUUUUAUAUAAAAAAUUACACAUGCUUGCGUUGAACUACUUUGUAUAUACAUAUAUUUUAAACUAAUUAAUACAAAAUACUACAUUAUUUUAUUAAGUUACAUUUACUAUAUUAUAUAUACAUUAAUAUGUAUAGUUGACAUAAUCUUCCUCUUAAUAAGAUAAUUAAAAUGUAUAAUAAAAAUUUGUAAUGUUUUAUAAUGUACAUUUUACAUUGUUUUAUAAUGUACAAGAAUCGUGAUAAAGAUUUUGUAUUCUUU